UCUCCUACCCACAUCCCCAUGUCUCCUUUGGCCCGCUGACUUCGGCCGCCGGACCCUUUCGCUUGAGCCUUCCGAAGGGGACGGGGGCGGCUCGGCUCGAGCACUUUGCCGGGGUUGUGUUCCCUGCUCUGCCCGCGGCGGCCACCGCGAGGAAACUCUGCGCCUAGAGCGGGAAGCGAAGCAGGCGGCGGCGGCGGCGACGGGGCUUCGGCCGGGCGGCAGCCCAGGACUCGUAGGGCGGCGCGCUCCUUCGUCCAUGAACUGCAUGAAAGGCCCGCUGCACUUGGAGCCCCGAGCAGCAGGGACCAAGCUGUUGGCCGCCUCCUCGUCCUCCUCCUGUCACCAUCCCCAGCCGCUGGCCAUGGCUUCGGUCCUUGCUCCCGGUCAGACCCGCUCCCUGGACUCUUCCAAGCACAGGCUGGAGGUGCACACCAUCUCUGACACCUCCAGCCCCGAGGCCGCAGAGAAAGAUAAGAGCCAGCAGGGAAAGAAUGAGGACGUGGGCGCCGAAGACCCGUCCAAGAAGAAGAGGCAGCGGCGGCAGCGGACUCACUUCACCAGCCAGCAGCUGCAGGAACUGGAGGCCACUUUCCAGAGGAACCGCUACCCGGACAUGUCCACGCGCGAAGAAAUCGCCGUGUGGACCAACCUUACGGAAGCCCGAGUCCGGGUUUGGUUCAAAAAUCGCCGGGCCAAAUGGAGAAAGCGGGAACGCAACCAGCAGGCCGAGCUGUGCAAGAAUGGCUUUGGGCCGCAGUUCAACGGGCUUAUGCAGCCCUACGACGACAUGUACCCGGGCUAUUCGUACAACAACUGGGCCGCCAAGGGCCUCACGUCGGCCUCCCUGUCCACCAAGAGCUUCCCUUUCUUCAACUCUAUGAACGUCAACCCCCUGUCAUCCCAGAGCAUGUUCUCCCCACCCAACUCCAUCUCGUCCAUGAGCAUGUCGUCCAGCAUGGUACCCUCAGCGGUGACCGGCGUCCCGGGCUCCAGCCUCAACAGCCUGAAUAACUUGAACAACCUGAGCAGCCCGUCGCUGAAUUCCGCGGUGCCCACGCCCGCCUGUCCUUACGCGCCGCCGACUCCUCCGUACGUUUAUAGGGACACGUGUAACUCGAGCCUGGCCAGCCUGAGACUGAAAGCAAAGCAGCACUCCAGCUUCGGCUACGCCAGCGUGCAGAACCCGGCGUCCAACCUGAGUGCUUGCCAGUACGCCGUGGACCGGCCCGUGUGAGCCGCGCACUGCGCCGGGAUCCUAGGACCGUGCCGGAUAGGGCAACUCUGCCCUUGUUGAAAGACUGGGAAUUACGCUAGAAGGUCGCGGGCACUAAAGAAAGGGAGAGAAAGAGAGAGAAGAUAUAGAGAAAAAGGGAAACCACUGAAUUAAAGAGAGCUCCUUUGAUUUCAAAGGAAUUUCCUCAUUGUCUGACAUCUUUCACUAAAAAGUAUUUCCAACAGUUGCAAGGACACACACAAAUGUUUGACUGGAUAUGACAUUUUAACAUUACUAUAAGCUUGUUAUUUUUUA